AUGGGACCAUCAUGGUUAUCAAUCUCAAAGUUCUCGACCUGCGCAGCUGCUCAGCGUGUGAGCUGGUGUAAAUUUGAGGUUACAGUAGAUUUCACAAAGGAUAUUCAAGUCUCAACUUCAUCGAAAAAUGUCUUGGAAAUUCCUCCUGUUGUAGUUGCAGCAAUAAAUUUGAAAACUAUCAUCAACGAGAAGAAUGUCAAUGAAAUUGUUGCUGCAUCUGUUAUUUGCUGCCACAAAGCUAAGAUAGAUUCUCGCAUGGUGGCUUCAGAAUGGACCCGUCCUGGUAUGCUUGGUCAUUUCACUGUUGUGCGUAAACUUGAAGGUGGCAUAUUUCCUAUGGGUUUUGCGAAGGAGGCACUUGAGAAAAAUGCUAAGGCUGGGUCAAAUGUUAUUUGCUAUGAAAGCAAUGAAAGAGCUUUAUUAAAUCGUUUAGUGAUUGAGAUUCACAAAUUGGAUAGUGACGUUCUGGUUGGGCACAAUAUAUCCGGGUUUGACCUGGAUGUCCUUCUUCACAGAGUCCAGGCUUACCCCGAGCCUUUCACUAUGCUGUCAAAAAUAGGUCGCCUCAAGCGCUCUGUGAUGCCCAAACAUAGCAAAAGAAGCUCAGUAUUUGGUUCAGGAGCGAGUCCCGCUAUCAUGUCUUGCAUUGCUGGCCAUCUCUUAUGUGAUAUUUAUACUUGUUCACGUGACCUACUGAAGGAGGUUAGCUAUUCCUUGACACAACUAGCAAAGACACAGCUGAAUAAGGUCCGUAAGGAGAUAACUCCUCAUGAUAUUCCCCAGAUGUUCCAAAGUUCUGAAUCGCUACUGGAACUUAUCGAGUAUGGUGAAACAGACGCAUGGUUGUCUAUGGAACUUAUGUUCCACCUGAAUGUCCUCCCACUCACUCGUCAACUGACUAAAAUCAGUGGCAAUCUUUGGCAUAAAACUCUUCAGGGUGCUAGGGCACAAAGAGUGGAAUACCUCCUGCUACAUGCAUUCCAUGCCAAGAAGUUUAUUGUCCCAGACAAGUUUUCUUCUCAGUCCAAGGAGACAAGGACAGCGAAACGGAAAAUUAGUGGUGGUGGUUUAGUGCUGGAGCCAAAAAAAGGACUAUAUGAUAAGUAUAUAUUACUUUUGGAUUUCAACAGUCUGUAUCCCUCCAUUAUUCAGGAAUAUAAUAUCUGUUUCACUGUAGAAAGACCUGCCGAUGGAUCACCUCCCAAUUUACCAUCUAGUAAAAGGUCUGGGGUUUUACCAGAGUUACUUAAACAUUUGGUGGAGAGGAGAAGAACGGUAAAGGGAUGGUUAAAAACAGCUUCAGGUCCCAAAGUUCAGCAGUAUGAGAUACAACAACAAGCGCUAAAGUUGACAGCAAAUAGCGUGUACGGAUGCCUGGGGUUCUCUAACUCGAGAUUCUAUGCAAAGCCCCUUGCAGAACUUAUAACAUUACAAGGAAGGGAAAUUUUGCAGAGCACUGUAGAUCUUGUUCAAAAUACUCUAAACUUGGAGAUUAUUUAUGGCGACACCGAUUCGAUAAUGAUAUAUAGUGGGCUUGAUGAUAUUGGAAAAGCUAAAUCAAUUGCAGGGAAGGUCAUUCAGGAGGUUAAUAAGAAGUAUAGGUGUCUGGAGAUUGAUCUCGAUGGCUUGUACAAGAGAAUGUUGUUGCUCAAGAAAAAGAAAUAUGCAGCUGUCAAAAUGCAUUUUAAGGAUGGUAAAUCAUAUGAGGUUAUCGAGCGGAAAGGUCUUGAUAUGGUCCGCCGUGAUUGGAGUUUACUGUCAAAGGAAUUGGGAGAUUUCUGCCUCAGUCAAAUUUUAUCUGGGUGGUCCUGUGAGGAUGUUGUUGAAGUAAUACACAAUUCUCUAAUGAAGGUACAAGAGGAAAUGAGGAACGGGCAAGUACCACUGGAAAAAUAUGUCAUCACAAAGACACUAACGAAACCACCGGAAGAAUACCUUGAUGCUAGAAAUCAGCCUCAUGUAGAGGUUGCACUUAGACUGAAAAAAAGUGGUUACGUGACUGGUUGUUCUGCUGGAGACACUGUGCCUUACAUCAUCUGCUGUGAGCAGGGCAAAGGCUCUACAUCCUCUGCUGGAAUUGCCCAGAGAGCGAGACAUCCUGAUGAACUGAAAAAGGACAAUGAAAACUGGAUUGUCGACAUUGACUAUUACCUUGCACAGCAGGUUUGUUUUCUGUAUACUUAUCUCUUUCUCUUAAAAAAGAUGGUUCUGCCAGUACAUGAAACAUUGAUUUUCAUAAAACCACGUUUAUCUUGCUUUCCCAAAUUAUCUUUAUGCCUGUUAGCAAUAAUGGCACUGGGUUUAAUAAAAUUUUUCAAGUGCAGGUAUCGAGGUUGCGAGCCUUUGGUUCUCUCCUGCCCGAGUUGCUCCGGAACUUUCGAGUGCUCGCCCAUAUUUAGCUCAGUCUAUGCGUUGAUGAAUACAAAGCCAACAGACAAGCAACCAGCCAAUAAUUUUUGGCACAAUUUGCGCUGUCCAAAUUGUCCAGCUGAAAUAGACGGCGGGAGAAUAUCUCCUGCUAUUAUUGCAAACCAGGUAAAAAGACAAUCCGAAGGAUUCAUGGCAACAUACUACGAGGGAUUGAUGAUGUGUGACGACGAAACAUGCAAUUACACUACACGUAGCGUGAAUCUUCGCGUGAUUGGUGAUUCUACUAAAGGAACCACAUGUCCCAACUACCCACGUUGUAAUGGACACCUCAAAUUACAGGUUUGGGCAUUUGAGGCACUGCCUGAGUUAGGAAGACAAUUUGGUGAACACUGUUCUACUGGCGGACUUCCGAGAAUAAUGUGUUGGAAAAUGGACAAACAUUUGCGAAGCGAGCAACUUACUACGUUUUUUAACACUUCGGAG